GUCAUCGGCAUUAAGAAUGAAUUGCGAAAUAAUUGAGGAAUGCGACAGUGAACGGUACGCCAAUGAAAUAUAUAAGCUGAACGUUCAUUCAUUAGUAUCAGUUGAAGUAUUAAAUUGCAUGAUGAUUGCCGGGCUUAUUGUUUCCUGCAUUAUAUUUGCUGCUGCAGUACAUGCUACAAGUGAUUUAUAUGGAACUUCGGUAGUAAACACAGGAAUCAGUUCAAGCUCCAGAUAUCAAGAUAAGUUGGGAAAUUACGCUUUUAGCUAUAAAAUAUUAGAUGCUAAAGGAGCUUCAAAUUCUCGUUCUGAAGUGGGUGACGCUCAUGGCAACAAGAAGGGGUCUUAUACUCUUCAUGAUAUCGAUGGUAGAGCCAGGCGUGUUGAUUACAUUGCUGAUGGGCAUGGCUUCAGAGCAGUUGUGAAGACCAAUGAGCCUGGUACUGCCUUCAGUAAGCCUGCAUCAGUUCUCAUAGAUUCUCCUUAUGCUCCACCUACUGCUCCUUCUUCUGUUUCCACUAUUACUAAAGCUCGACUAGACCCAGGAGUUGUAGCCCAUCCAGUUGCUCCUGUCAUAGUAGCUGACUCCGGUGUUUCGCAUCAUCCUGUUACACACUACACGCCAGAAAAUCGUGUCUUUUUAUCUGGGUAUGACUCUUUAGUAAGUCCUUGGAUAAAUUUAGGAAGUUCUACAUAUGAUUCAGCAGUCCUUCCGCACCAUGAGUUUGGAUUUCAAACUUUAGGUUAUGGCAAUGGAGCGAUGAUUCAACCAAAUGUAAUUCAUAAUAACCUAGCUUAUGCUUAUGAAAGAGCAAGACAUUCCGGGUUGGGCAUAAACAAUUUGGUAUCCGGAGAAGGUAUUUUGAAAUUCUCUGGAUUAGGGGCCAGAAAUCUGGCAUAUUUGAAUGGAUAUUUUAGGAAUAAGCAGUUGGGUAUCGACACUUUGUCUAACAGUUAUAGAAAUUCUGGACGUGGCGUUACUGCGUCAAUUUAUUGAGCUAUUUAAAUUUUCAAUAUUUUCCUAAUGAUUAAGAAUUUUUUUGUAUUUCAUGUAUUUUAUCUAAUAAAGGUAUAAGGUAAGAAUGUAA